CGUGUGAUUGGCUGACCGCUCGCCCGGCCGCUGACCCCGCCCCUUCAGGUUGUAGCCUGCGCGCGCGGCGGGGAGGAGGCGGCGCGUGGCAUCCCGCGUGCGGCGGCGCGAGCUCGGUGUGAGGCGGGAACCGGCCGGAGGGAGCGCGACACCGGCCGCCAUGACCGACUUCAAACUGGGCAUCGUGCGGCUCGGCCGGGUGGCCGGAAAGAUCAAAUACACACUAAUAGAUGAGCAGGAUAUCCCUCUGGUGGAUAAUUAUUCGUUUGAGGCUCGAAUGGACGUUGAUGCCGAUGGCAACGGUGCCAAGAUAUUUGCAUAUGCAUUUGACAAGUAUAAAGGAAGGGGCUCUGGCCGGCUGCUGCAUGAAUUAUUGUGGCAGCGACACAAGGGAGGCAUUGCACCUGGAUUUGAAGUAAUCCAUUUAAAUGGUAUCACGGUUGAUAAUCGAUUGGAUAAUCUGAAAGUGGUUCUUCGAGGAAGGAGGCCGGAGGUAGAAGAGGUUUCUAGCAAGCAAAGGGAGCAGUCUCUGUAUUGGCUCGCUAUUCAACAACUCCCCACAGACCCCAUAGAAGAUUUGUUUCCACUGCUAAACGUCACACGCUGCUAUAACGCCAACGGAGAAGUGGUUCGAGAGGAAGAGAAUUCCUGUACUUAUUAUGAAUGCCAUUACCCUCCCUGCACAGUAAUGGAGAAACAGUUGCGCGAGUUUAAUAUUUGUGGCAGAUGCCAAUUAGCACGAUACUGUGGUACCCAGUGCCAACAGAAAGACUGGCCCGCUCACAAAAAGCACUGCUGUGAAAAGAUCCGGAUUUUGCAGUACGAACCUGAGCCAGAGCGAUGACUUCAGUGUUCCCCUCUCCCAGGAUUUGUUUUGCACAGUUACAACAGACUGGUUACUAAAGCCAACAGCACUGAGAAGAAUUUCCUAUCAUGCUUGAGCGGACAAUUUGGCUGUGAUGGACAAUGCUGCCUUGGACUGUGACUAUCAGGAGUGGGCCUCACCAUUCCAGUAUUUAGGUUUUUCAAUCAUAAGGACUACUGUGAAAGUCUCCCCCCUUGGAGCUUCUAAUUUAUGUUACUGUUUGUAAAGUUCAAUGUACAGGUUUUUUUUUAUAUAUGUUUUUGAGGUUACAGCGCAGUGAUUUUGGUGUCCAAACAUGAACCACUUAUUGGCCUGUGUUUGCAGUCAUAAAUCAGCUGGUUUUAUUUGCCUUUCCCACUUAUUACACAACAAUUAAAAAGCAACUGGACUUGGGAAGUGAGAAUGAUUGGGAUUUGAAAAUAUUAUGCAUGAAAACGUUGUAAAACUGAUAAUAAAAAAAGAAAAAUGGUU